GUGGUUUCAGCAAGUUCCAGGCCGAGUUCGCCCUGCACUGCGAAACUAACCUAGACAGUUCGUGUAGCAGCAGCUCUCCUCCUUUGCCGGUCCUGGGUUUGGGAGGCCUCCGAAUCAGCUCCGAUUCCUCAUCAGACAUUGAAUCUGACAUUGACAGAGACCCCAACAGUGCCACCGACUCCGAUGGCAGCCCUCUCUCCAACAACCAGCCUUCUUUUCCGGUGGAGAUUUUACCCUACCUCUAUUUAGGCUGUGCCAAGGACUCCACUAAUCUGGACGUUUUAGAAGAGUUUGGCAUUAAAUACAUCUUGAAUGUUACUCCCAACUUGCCUAAUCUCUUUGAAAACGCUGGCGAAUUCAAGUACAAACAGAUCCCGAUCUCUGACCACUGGAGCCAAAAUCUGUCUCAGUUCUUUCCUGAGGCCAUCUCUUUUAUAGAUGAAGCACGGGGGAAGAACUGCGGCGUCUUGGUGCAUUGCUUAGCAGGGAUCAGCCGCUCGGUAACGGUGACGGUGGCCUACCUCAUGCAGAAGCUCAACUUGUCUAUGAAUGAUGCCUACGAUAUCGUCAAGAUGAAGAAGUCCAACAUUUCGCCCAACUUCAACUUCAUGGGUCAGCUGCUGGACUUUGAGCGGACUCUGGGGCUGAGCAGCCCCUGUGACAAUCGAGUGCCGAACCAGCAGCUGUAUUUCACCACCCCUUCCAACCAGAACGUCUUCCAGGUGGAUUCCCUGCAGUCCACGUGAGCUCCUGCUGCCUCCCUUCUCCUGUCCGUUUUCACGGGAUCACUCCUCAAUGGUUUCUCUUUGCCAGUGAUAAAAGAAAACGCAGCUUUCUCUUUUUUCUGGCUUCUGCUAUCACAAAGCAGCUGUGCCAGUGCAGGCUAGGAAAGGUUACACAGUUUGGAAUCGGCUAUCGCGAAGGGAGGGAACGUGGUGACCAGGCAGCAGGUGGGCAGAGACCGCUCAUCCCUGCCUGCGCGGCGGCUUGAGUCUGAGGACUUCCAGGGGAGUAGGGUCGGGCUGGACAGGCAGAACACGUGUGCUCCCUAGAGACUUGAACUGUCCUGCUUCCCCCCUCUGCUUUCGGAUCUGUGACACACAUCUUUGUCUUCAGUGAAGACUGGUUAUUUUUGUUUGUUUGUUUUGAUUUAGAGGAGCCAAAGAAAGAAAUUUCAGCUUAGUGUAUUUGGAGUACUUGUUUGCCGGGAGGUCGGUAGUAUUCUACUUGAUCAAUGUAAAUAUUUAAUCUUAAAUCGAUUUGCAAUUUUUUUUGAAUUCACAUGUAUUCAAGAAAUCAAUCCAAGGGACAUCUGUGUUUUUGUUCUCUUCAUAAAUUCUGCUUUAUUUACUUGUUUUGUUGGGUUUUUUUUAAUUGCAAAGAAUAUAUUUGCAGCAUGCUUAAUUUUAUUGUUCAACUGAAGCAAGCUUUCCAUGAGGGAGAAAUGGCAAUGGUGAGGAGUUUGCAAAUCAUGUGUUGUGAGCAAGUACAGUCUCUUUUUUCAUAUAUCUUUUACUUGUGGUGACUUUUUUCUUUUUUCUCUCACGCUUUUGAUGUAGUUUCCACACAAUAUAUAUAUUUUUUAAAUUAAAUUAAUUUUUUGCCUUAUCUUUUGUAAAUAGGUCAUCUGGGAGGAGGUUUGUCUUUGAAUGCGAAAGAUUUUUGAUCACUUUUUAAAACUUUCAGAUGUGCUAAACAGUGCAUUACCUCUGUACAAAUUCUUCAGGGAGCUUCACCUCAAAUGCAAUAUUUUAUGUCUUUUUUUUUUCCUUUUUUUUUUCUUUUUUGUAUAAAACUGGAAGUAUGUGCGAGCAUUUGUACCUGUGUGUACGCACAGUGAACCUGCACAUGGUUGCCAAUAAGGGAGAGUCUAAUUCAUGGUGUAAAAGUUUUAAGAUGGAAUUUAUUAUAAGAAUGUAAAACCUUAAAUUAUUAAUAAAUAAAUAACUAUUUUUGGCUAUUGA